CUAAAAUCAUGAGCUACUCCAGUGGCUACUAUGGAGGCCUGGGCUAUGGCUAUGGUGGCCUUGCAGGCCUGGGCUGUGGAUGUAACAGCAUCCGCAGACUGAGCUGUGGCUCUGGCUAUGGAAGCUAUGGAUAUGGCUCUGGCUAUGGAGGCUUUGGCUCUGGCUCUGGCUAUGGAGGCUUCGGAGGCUUCGGAUAUGGCUCUGGCAAUAGAGGCUUCGGAUAUGGCUCUGGCUAUGGAGGCUUUGGCUCUGGCUCUGGCUCUGGAGGCUUCAGAGGCUUCGGAUGUGGCUCUGGCUAUGGAGGCUUCGGAUAUGGCUCUGGCAAUGGAGGCUUUGGAUAUGGCUCUGGCUUCAGAGGCUAUGGAUAUGGCUGCCACCACCCUUCAUACUGUGGAGGAUACAGGUUCUCCAGCUUCUACUGAAAUCCUGUUCUAGUAACUCAGCAUUUGACACCUUCACUAGUUGUUCUGAGAAAUGCUAGUCAAGAACCCUCGAUGGUGCUAAGCCAACUGAACAUGUCAAUUUCUACAAUUUUGAAGACUCCAUUUAUAAAAUGUUUCUGCAUCCUAAGCUUGGGCACUAAGAAUUGGUUUAUGUUCAAUUUCCAAUAAAUG